GGCGGGGCUACGGCAGCCGGAAAGGGCCUUGCUGUCACCUUGGCCAUGGCGGCCGGGCCGCCCCCGCCGCUGGAGCCCGUUCCGCUGCCCACGUUCCCUGAGGAGGGAUUCGCGGACAAGUUCCUGCGCAAGACCCGCGAGAACCCCCUGGUGCCCCUGGGCUGCCUGUGCACCGUCAGCGUGCUGGUGUACGGCAUCAUCUGCUUCAAGAAAGGCAACACUCGGCGCUCCCAGCUGAUGAUGCGGGCGCGUGUCAUAGCGCAGGGCUGCACCUUCGCCGCCCUGCUGGGGGGCAUGAUGGCCACGGCCAUCAAAUCCCGACAGUGACAGCGCACACGAGCCAAGCUGCGGCCACGGGCAAGUGUCCACCAGCAGCCCUGGCUGGGGAUGGAGUUUCCUGAGACUGUUGUGAUGUCGCAGCAGAGCCAGUUCUGGAGCACUGGAAAUGGGGUGAAUACACUGUGUGACUAACAUGCAA